CGCAAAGUGAACAAAAUGGCAGUAUGUGAAAAGACGCAGGGUUUUGAUUGAGAGGCGUUUUCGAUCUCGAUUCCCUUUCGAUCGGUCGUUUGCUUCAUGAUCUACUAAAAUAAUGCUUUAAACAAUGGUUAGUUUGAAUUGAUCUUUUUUCCGUUUUUUAUGACAGUAUUGUAGAACUUUUCUUUAUUUAUUUCGCCAAAACUUUGCUUGUGUACGUGUUGAUGUGCUGCUUCGGCCGUGCCAUGUCAUUGUUCAUUGUGUAACUAUACUUCAUCCGAACAGGAAAAAUCUUCGUCGAGUGUGAAGCUACCUAACAUAGAAAAGAAAAGCUCCGGAGGAGAAGAACAGCCACGGGAAAAAUUCCAUGCGACAAACUGGAAAUCUCUUAGCAAAAAAGAAAUUCAGAAGCUGCCUCCACAACAGCGGAGCAAAUACCUGGCUGUAAGACACAGAUCUUUUAGUUACCAUCGUUUUUGUUUUGUUUUGUUUUUUGCUAUUUAACCUUAGAACUCCUCAAGAUAUAUGAUGAGUAGUUCUUAACUCUACCUCCUAUUAAGUUUCUUGUAAAUUACAACAACAAGAGACGUGUUCAGGACUUCCCUCAAUUCGCUUAGACGCUCAGGCUACACAAAUAACUCAAGUUCAAAUUUAUUCAUCGCCAUAAGCUCAACAAAGAACAGUUUUCAAGUAAAAGAUAAGUGAAAAGGAGAUCACAAGAUACUAUGUAUUAAUAGGUCUUCUUGAUGACUCAUAAAUUAUUAGUUAAUUAAUAUUACCAGGAAGUGGGACUAAAGAGCAUAACAAGUCAUUUUUAGAUCGUUCUUUUCUUGAUUUUUUUUGUACAUUCAUAUGUUCAUUUAUCGUCAUAGACAAUAUUAUUCAUUUUGGUUUUCUUUUUUUAUUGUCUUAAAGUACGAGCCUGCUCCAAAAGAAUGCAGUGAAGCAAUGUCGGCAGCAAGAAAGAGACUAAAAGAGUUGGAAAAGUCAAAACAAAAGUAAUUAUAUAUUGUGUUUGCUACUGUACAAAAGACAUUACACCAUGAAUACACACAUAGCAAUAGUUAAACUGAAUCAAACAUUAAGGUUAUGAGGAGGAAGGAAAUGAUUACCAACUUAAGAAAUUCUUGAUUGUUAAGCAUUUUCUUUUUGUCAUUACCAUAGGAAAUGUAUAGAGAACAGUAUAGAGAAAUAGUACUCUGAUCUUGAAGUGUUCAUGGUUAAGAGGGAAUUUCUACAUCCCACCCCUCCUUGGACAGGAAUAUUAUGGCUCAUAGGUGGGCUAAAAUUCCUGGUUGAUAAAACCCUUAACUCAUUUUAAGUAGUAUGUCAUGUGUCCAUCUAAUAAGCAAUUUUCUCAAGGUAUUACUGUGAAAAUGGGAUUUCACAGUGUUAGGUCAGGAGGGGUUAAGGCCUCAGAACUGACAAAACAACUUCCCUAGUCAUUAAUGGAAGUUGUGUUGUCACUUCUUUCCUUAUCUGCCCAUGUCUCUGUCACUGUAAUAGUUUCAUUAAUGGCCACACAUAAUUGUUAAAAAUAUGGCUCAAAAUGACAGGCAUCAAAUGCAUUCAUUUUCUUAAUGCUGAACUGAGUUACACAAAACAUUUUGGUGAAUUGCUUUUACAAAUAAUUUACUUGUGAAAAAAUGAAUUACCACAUUUCAUGGGUCAGCAAAACAGGCAUCAUUAUCAUCAUUUUUCCUCAUUUUUCUUGCUUACUAGAAAAAACAAAUUUUUUGGAGGAUUGGAAGUAGAACUCAAAGGCGCAGGUUACUCCUCAAAAGCUGGGUUAGCUUGCAGAACAGGCAUAACUUUUUGUGUUUUACAGGUGAACGGGAAGAAGUGCUAGGCAGGCAUGAAGCAUGCAUGACUCACACUUUGUGCUGCUUUGCGUUUGCCUCCAUUCAACUAAAAAAAUGCCAAAAAAAAUAUGCCUUUUCUGCAGGCUAACUCUGGGGUAGCCCUAUUUCUGAAAAGUAACUCACUGCUUCUGAUGAUUCUUAAACUUUUUCUGAACCAGUACAGGGGUCUCAAUAACUUUUUCCAUUAGCUGUUGGCCAGUGGUUCAAUGAGCAGCUGUGCCAUAAGGUGAAACCCAGAUGCAAGAGCUCUCUUGCAGGCUAAACAGAGGCCACACAGGUGGUGAUAUACUGUGGGUAACUUGCUAUUACUGAAACCCCCUGCUACCAUGUAAUCCUCGUAAAAUUUUGCACAUGCCAGCCCUUAUUUAAUUUUAAAAUGUUUUUCUGAAGGCAACAGAAGCCCCCUCCUUAUGAUGAAGUUAUUGAGGGUGAAAGGCAUACAAAGAUUAUUGGACAACUAAAGUAAGUGAAUUCAUUUAACCCUUUCACUUCCAAGAUCUGAUUGUUAAUUCUCCCCUUUGGCUGCAACACAUUUCCUUAUAAGUUAGUUAUGAGAAUUUGGUGUUAGAUCAAGGUGACAACUUCUACCUGAUAAGUUUGAAUAUUCUCAUCAUCCGUUUGCUGGAUUAUGUAAAAAUAUUAUAAGGAGAAGUUUCAUGUUAAUCGUUUCUGUGAGAUAAAGGGUGAACUCUUUAAACCCUAAGAGUGAUCAGCAUUUAAUUUCUCCUUACAGUAAUACUGCUGAAUCAUUCAUUAAGAUCAUGAGAAAACAAAAAAAUAAUCACCAACUAAAGAGGUUUUGAGUGUUAAACAAAUUCUCCUUGUCAGCAUCAAAGGAAAUACCCAGAAAGGAGUAUGGAGAAUAUGAAUACUGAUGUUCGAGAGUAAAGGGUUGAUGUUAUUUGAUACAGAUUUAUAAUAUAAAGUGGUUUUAAAGUUUGUUGUGGGGGAUACAGUGGCUGAAAGGCUAGUGCACUAUACUCCAGGUCUAGAGGUAUGGGUUGGAGAUCUGACCAGGUCAUCAUGUUGUGUGUCUUGGGCAAAACACUUUACUCUCACAGUAACAUAAAAGGGUGUAAAUGAGUACCAGUACCAGUACCAGUACCAGCAAAUUAUCAGGGAACCCUGAUGAAACACUUGGGGGUAACCUUGCAAUAGAUGAGCAUCCCAUCUAGGGGGAGGGGUGGUAAUACUCCUUGUUGCUUCAUGCCAAGGCAGCUGGGUGGGCCAUUGAUUAAUCUAUAUAUUUAUCAUUUAUUAAAUUAUUUACCAGAGCUGCAGAAGCAAGGAACCGAAUAAGGCUGAUGAGGCUCAGAUACCAAAAUAACAGAGUAAGCUGAAUCUUUUAACUCCAAAAAUCUAAUUAUUAAUUCUUCUCUUAGCUUGAGCUGCUACACAUUUCCCUGUAAAUUAGCAACAAGAAUUUGUUGUGUCAUAAAGGUAACAACUUGUAUCUGAAAAGUGAAAGUCUAAGUAUUCUUGUUACCUGGUUUAUGGAUACUGUAGGAAGGAGUUAUGUGUUGAUCUCUUCUGGCCCCAGUUUUUCAAAGGGCCAAGGCACUCUGAAGCUGUGAAGGUUUUUUUUUUUGUAACAUUUUACACACAUGCAAUUACCUUCAAAACUAUAAAUCUUGCUUAAUUUUUUUUAGAGUUCAGAAGUGAACCAUUUAAUUGGCUGUCAACCAACAGCACUUAAAGCUGUUCGCCUACAAAGCCUUGUGCCUCCCAGCCCUGACAAGAUAUACAUCAGAGACUUGUUGGUGAAAAACGAGGUAAAAUUACUUACACAUCAUGUAUGAACAAAAAAAAUAGUAAACUCAAGCAAAAAGUGAAAUAUCAUUAAACAAGAAAAAAAAGGUUUUCACAUGAGAAACCGUAUACGAAUUUGAAUCACAGUACAAAGUACAAUUUAUGAAAAAAAAAUUUUUCCAGGCCUUAUUUUCACUACUGUCUAAGUAGUGUUCACAAUGGCUUCUAUUUUCAUUUCUUAAACUGCAGUUCGCUCACAUCAUUUUCGCAUAUUUACAGUCAUUAAUAACAAAUACGUUGUGUGAUACGAACAAAAAAAGCACUACGCAAUAAAAGUCCUAACGCUGAAAAAGUUACACCGCAGAACAAACAAAUAAAUUAACUAAAAAAAUCCAUGCAAAAAAAUUAACAAAUAACCGGCAGGUGGCAUCCAGGCUAACAGCGAAACAAGGUCCACGCUCAGGCUAAUUCUUGCAAGGAUUUGCCAGAGAACCUGUUAGCUAAACUAUGUUUAUAUUGUUCAUACUUUCAGAGAUACCGAGUAAAUUCGUUGUUAGAGGAUGAAACGGGGUUGGAAACCGCACGCCUUCUCACGUGACCCAAAGUUAAAUCAUCCCCUGAUUGGUGGACGAUGAAGCUGCACAGGUGCUUUCCCGUUCGGGUCCAGUCCUUCUCAGGCAGCUUCAUGAUCUUUAUCUUUCAAAAAAAGAAACUUGGAACCAGAAUUCUUUUUAUUGCAGUUCUUUAUUUCUUCCUUCUCAUUACAAAUUCCGGUCCUGAGACAAAAACAAACACAUUAUGCACUCCGCUUUUUACAAACAAAUCUUUCUAACGCGCCGAUUUAUAAACUUUAAAUAAUUCUUCACUGUAUUUUGUUUAAUUUUCUGAUGUACAAAACCAUCAUGGCUGUGAGCCCUUGUGAAUAAAUAU